AAAAUAUUCAGGUUAAAAUAAAUGAAGUUGGUUAUAGUGGUACCUCCGAUUCUCUCACUGUAAACUCCCUGUGGCAUUGACAAACGUUGCUGUUCUAUAACCAACGUAGAGAUGUCGGGAGGAUCAGACGUGUUGGCCCUGAAGGAGGAGGACGUGACCAAGAUGUUGGCCGCGACCACCCACCUGGGCACAGACAAGAAGGACAUCCAGAUGGAACAAUACAUCUACAAGCGUCGCCAGGAUGGCGUCUACAUCCUGAACUUGCGACGCACCUGGGAAAAGCUGCUCUUGGCUGCCAGGGCCAUUGCCGCCAUCGAGCAUCCCUCUGAGGUGUUCGUCAUCUCAUCCCGUCCUUAUGGACAGAGGGCCGUGCUCAAAUUCGCCGCUCACACUGGCGCCACACCCAUUGCUGGACGUUUCACCCCUGGUGCGUUCACCAACCAGAUCCAGGCUGCAUUCCGCGAGCCCAGACUCCUCGUCGUGACCGACCCAUACACUGACCACCAGCCCAUCACUGAGGCUUCUUAUGUUAACAUUCCGGUCAUCGCCUUCUGCAACACCGAUUCGCCCCUGCGCUUUGUUGACAUCGCCAUUCCCGGCAACAACAAGUCCAUCCACUCCAUUGGUCUCCUGUGGUGGCUGCUGGCGCGUGAGGUGCUCCGCCUGCGUGGAACCAUCCUGCGCGAGAACAAGUGGGACGUCGUGGUCGAUCUCUUCUUCUACCGUGACCCUGAAGAAGCCGAGAAGGAGGAACAAGCAAGCAAGGAACUCGCUGUGGCGCCCAAGGUUGAAGCUCCCACCGAGAACUGGGGCGGUGAGGUCGUUGCUGCUACCGAGCAACCCAUUCCCAGCUGGAGCGAGGAAGGCCCAGUGGCGAUUCCUGCUGCCACCGCGGCUGCCGCAACUGCUGGUCCCGCCGCUGCUGCUCCCAUCACGGCCUACAACGCCAACGAGGACUGGGCUACCCAGGUUGGAGAUGACUGGAGCGCACCUGCCCCUGCAGCUCCCGCUCCCACCUCCGACUGGGGUGGUGCUGGUUCCAACAGCUGGAAUUAAAGCGCAUCGCGUGGUGUAUCUUCUGUAGGCUUGCAAUAAAAUGUGCGCCUGAAAUUUAA